AUGCUCCAGAAUCGUCUUCAUGAGUUAACCUCUGCCGUCCUUGCCCUCCAUGGCGCUCUGACUGUGGUCUCCGGCCCUGCUAUCGGCCAUUUCGCCGACAGGCAACAAGGUCAUAAGACAGCACUACUGUUAUCUCUUGGAUGGUGCAUUGUCGGAACGUGUAUGGUUGCCGGCGUUCAGUCAGUCCCUAUACUAAUGUUAGGCCGUGUGUUGCAAGGCAUCACGGGGUCUGCUGUGAGGAUUGUCGGCUUUGCAACCGUCGCAGACACUAUCAGUCCGAACCAUAUAGACUUCGCAAUGAGCUUAAUGAUGUCUUGCACAAAUACUGGAACAAUCAAUGGGCCCGCUCUUGCUGGCUUGCUUUUAGAGGCUACUGGUUACUGGAUAACAUGGUCGAUCCCGCUAGUUGUUCUAAUCAUAGAUUUAAUUGCACCCCUCUCCCUCCUCUACGCCCCACAACAGUCUAACAGAGACUGCAUCUCUGCUUUCAUCUUAGAGCAACUGGUUCCCAGAAACGGAAGUUUCUGGAGGAUAAUGCUACGCGACGGUCGUGUUCUGACUUGUCUGCUGAUUAUAAUCUCGGGCACGACUGCGAGCACGAGUUUCCAUGCGACACUUCCUCUCCAUGUCGAAGAGAAGUUCGGAUGGGGCCCGAGUGCUACUGGGUUCCUCUUUGCUGGCCUUGUCGUUCCAGGUGUCUUGAUCGAUCCCGUUGCUGGUUGGGUGCGUGGUCGAAUCGGAACACAACGACCUGCCGUGAUCUGUUCCAUUCUUCAGGCAAUUAUGAUAGGCCUAAUGGGCACUGCUGGUAGCGAUGUCCCUUGGGCGAGUGCUCAGUCUAUGGGUAAACCGCUCUACAUAGCUUCUGUCAUUGGUAUAUGUACAUUCCGAUCAUUUGUGUCUGGUAUCGCGCCUCUCGAACUGAUGAGUAACUCGCGCCUUCCUAAGAUGUGA